AUGGGUCAGCAACGAUGGGUUGUCUUGAAUAGUUUCGCAGCUACCAAGGAGCUGCUCGACCAGCGCGGCAGGCUGUACAUCAGUCGACCGUACUUCCCUGUCACCCAAGAUAUCCUCUCUGGGGGGAAUCGAGUUAUCAUCAUGGAGCAUGGUGAGCGAUGGCGCAAGUUGCGCAGAAUUAUGCAUCAGCUCUUGACAGCCAAGCAUGCCGACACAUACAAGCCGUAUCAAGACAUUGAGUCACGCAAACUACUUUGGGACUAUCUUCAGAAACCAACUGAUUUCUAUAUUCACGGGGCACGAUUUUCCAACUCUGUCAUCAUGUCUGUUGUCUUUGGGCGCAGGACAAGCAUGAGCGAAGAUAUGGUUAAAGCCCUGUUCCACAGCAUCGACGAGUUCAUGUCCCUCCAGCACUCCCCUUCCGCCAGCUUCAUCGACGGUUUCCCUGUAAUCGCUAAAGCCCUUCCUCGGUUCCUGCAGUGGUACCGCCCGGAGGCUGAAAGGAUCUUCAACGAUACCGUAGGAACCUAUCGAAGAUUCUUCGACGACCUCGAGAAGCGCAUUGGAGCAGGCGAAGACCCCAAGUGUUUCAGCCGUGAGCUGCUGUAUCUGGCAAAAGACUACGGGUUUGACGAACCACAAAAGUAUUUCUGCGCGGGCACGUUGAUCGAAGCGGGUUCCGACACCACAAGAAACCAGAUAAACAACGUGAUCGCGGCGGCAGCGAAAUUCCCUGAAUGGGUAAAGAAGGCCCAGGCUGAGCUGGAUAGUGUCUGCGGUUCCGCGGCCGAAAGGCUACCUAGUUUUGACGACUAUGAAUCUCUGCCUUAUAUCAUGGCAGUCAUCAAAGAAGGACUCAGAUGGCGCCCAAACAUGAUUCCGACGGGUAUGCCGCGGAUGCUCGUCGAGGAUGAUUCGUGGGGCCCUUAUAAAUUCGAAAAGGGGACCAUAUUUACGUGGAAUGCUUGGGGCAUAUCACACAGCGAAAAUGAGUUCAAGGACAACGAAAGAUUUGUCCCAGAGCGCUUCAUGGACGAGAACGUUUACGAUGUGCUCAAAGGCCAGUUUGGUUUCGGAAUGGGUCGCCGAGUAUGUGUCGGAUGGCAGGUUGGCAUGCGAAACAUGUUUAUUGCAUUCUCGCGCCUUUUAUACUGCUACGACUUUGCCGAAAUCCCUGGCGCACCGAUUGAUGAUGCACGCAUCGAUCCACUGGCACAUUCAGAGUCGCCCUUUCGAAUUGCCAUCACACCACGAAGCGAUGCCCAUGCUGAGUUGAUCAGGAGGGAGUGCCAGGCAGCAGGUGAAAGUGUUGAUUAG